CAGAAAUCUACUUGAUUUUUGCCGUAACAAUUUGUCUUACGAUUAAAAUAACGCCACGCGAAGUAACCCAGUACUGUGUACUUGACAGCGAGCAAUAUUAUUCCCCCGCGUAAUCCCUUCGACUGCAUUACCGAAUUUAUCCUGAUUCUUAUUUUUUUUCUCGUGUCAAUCGUUCAUUCUGUGAACCAACGGAACCAACAGCCAGACGACUAGACUACGUACGUGAUAUUAUAGGGAACAGUGACAGGUGACGCCACACUCUUGGGACAAUCAAGUAUUGUGUAGGCCUAAAGUAAGUACACCUCCUUGAACGACGUCCUCAACAAAGGAGGGCUUUGCGUGUACUAAUCAUUGUACUCUUAUGCCUUUUUACGUACCAAUCGUGUCUCUAUGAAUGCACGUAUAGUGGAAGGACAAUAUAAGAUGAGUAAUGACUAUUCCAUGAGUUUACUAAAAAAUGUUCAUAAGGAUUUACCGCUUCCUGAACCCGGUGAAACAUUUUUAGUGCGUGGGGAUUAUGAAUACUGGCAUUAUGGUUGCGAUGGUUUCAACGAUAAGGGUUGGGGUUGUGGGUAUCGAACAUUACAAACUAUUUGCUCGUGGAUUAAGGAUACUCUAACAUCGAAUGCACCAGUUCCUAAUCUGAGAUCUAUACAAGAGAUACUUGUAGCAUUGGAAGAUAAAGACAAAUCUUUUAUAGGAUCAAGAGAGUGGAUUGGAAGUUUUGAAGUUUGUCUAGUUUUGGAUUAUCGGUAUGAUGUUGUUAGUAAAAUUAUUCAUAUACCAAAUGGCAAGGACUUAAUACAGUAUAUAGAUAAACUAAAAAAGCACUUUGAAGAUUUUGCAAGUCCAAUAAUGAUGGGUGGAGAUAAAGAUUGUUCCAGUAAAGGAAUAAUGGGGAUUCAUAUAGGUUCCAAUGGGAAUGCCUACCUUUUAGUUGUAGAUCCUCAUUUUAUAGGUAAAGCCAAAGGUAUCAACCACUUGCAGAGCGAACACUGGAUUAAAUGGCAACACUUCUCAGAUUUUGUCAAUAGUUCUUUCUAUAAUUUUUGUUUACCACAAGUCCAAGCAAGGAAACAGCACGAGGGACACAGUACUACUGGUUGAAAUGCGUUAUUUGAUUCUCAUUGUUUAAAAUAAACAAGAAAGACACGAUUUCCCAAUUUU